AUGCCCGGCCACCAUCAGAGCCAACAGCCUUUCGCAGCCAAUGACAGGACCCAAUCGCCGGUCCCGAUCGACGGUGUCGAGUCCGGGCUCGAAUCACAAUACUCUCAACCGACGGCUUUCUUGCCUCUUGCGGAUGCUGCCGCAGUCUCGGAGCGCAAGGCUGGUCACGAGCAUGACGCCUAUCCAACGGACCGGGCCCUCAUCGCCAUCCUAGGGGCCGUCGCCGUGUCAUUUUUCCUUGUCUUCCUCGAUAUGGCCAUCAUGUCCACGGUAGCGCCAGCAAUCACAACCCAGUUCGACGCGCUCACUGACGUUGGCUGGUAUGCCAGCGCCUACCAGCUGACCAGCGCCGCCUGCACGCCCAUGACUGGCAAGAUCUACAGCUACUUUAACAUUCGAUGGUCCUUCCUAGUCUUCUUCCUGAUCCUUGAGGUAGGCUCCGCCCUGAGCGGCGCCGCCACCUCGUCCAACAUGUUCAUCGUGGGGCGUGCCAUCGCCGGCAUUGGAUCUGCGGGUCUCUUCACCGGCAUGAUGACCAUUGUGGCCAAUGUGCUCCCCCUGCACAAGCGGCCGGCCAUUCUAGGAGCCAUCAUGGGCCUUGGGCAGCUCGGCAUCGCGGGCGGACCCCUCAUCGGCGGAGGCUUCACCUCCAACAUCCAUGCUACCUGGAGGUGGUGCUUCUACCUCAACCUCUGCCUCUUCCCCGUCGUCACCGUCGCCUUCCUCCUCAACACCAUCCCAGAGGCCGAGGUGAAGCCGCACUGGCGGACCGUUCUCGGCACGGCCGUCAAGUCGCUGGACCUCGUUGGCUUCAUGCUCAUCAGCGGGGGCGUGCUUAUGUUCCUCUUGGGGCUGCAGUACGGCGGCAACAAGUUCGCAUGGGAUAGCUCUGUCGUUAUCGGGUUGAUCGCCGGGGGGGCUGUCACCUUCUUGCUGUUUCUCGCCUGGGAAUACCACGAAGGUGACUCCGCCAUGGUGCCGUGGGCCAUGCUCCGGAGCCGCAUCAUCUGCUCAGCCUCCAUAACGAAUUUCUUCAACUAUGGCGUCAUGCUCGUGGCCGACUACUACCUUGCCAUAUACUUCCAGUCCGUUCUGAAUGACACCCCGCUGGAGAGCGGGAUCCAUAUGCUGCCCACCACACUCGGCAUGCUCCUAUCCAUGGUAACGGCCGGCGGCCUCACACAGUCUACGGGCUACUAUCUCCCCAUGGCAAUUAUAGGCCCGUGUAUUUCGGCCGUCGGAUACGGGCUCUUAUCGACCCUUUCUCCUACGACGCCCACAGCUCGCUGGAUCGGCUAUCAGAUCUUGUACGGCGUUGGCAGCGUGUUUGGAAACAGCAGUGCCUAUAUGGCGGUGCAGAAUCUCGUCCCAUUGCACCAAGUGCCCCAGGCAAUGGCCAUCGUCUUGACUGUGCAAACCUUCGGCAGCUCCGUCUGGCUUAUCAUCGCCAACGUCAUCUUCAACAACAGCCUUCACGAUCUGUUGCAGGGGAACGCGUCCGUGAUCGGCCUGGCGCCUGAAUACAUCAUGGGUGCGGGCGCCCGCGGCGUGCACGGCCUAGGCCUCUCGGGGCCGGCGCUGCAGGCGCUGCUGGAGUCGUAUGCUACGAGCGUGGAUCGUGUCAUGUAUCUGGGUGUGGGUAUGGCAGCAGGAGCACUUGUCUUUUGCUGGGGCUUAGGUUGGCAUAAUAUUCUCGAGAUCAAGAAGAAGGAAGCGUUGAGGGAUAAGAGGGAAGCCGAAGUGGUUGAUGAGGGACAAGGUGCUGCGAAAAAAGGCACUGUCUAA